AUGUCUUCUUCCUCUUUACCAAUCUCUAUCUUGGCCGUAGUGGCCUUCCAACUCCCUUUUAUCCACAGUGUUUUGUCUCUAAACCAGACCAAUUCGUAUCUGCAACACAUAUGCAUCAAAAGUGAAGGGACAUACAAGCCGGAGAGUUCAUAUGAGAGCGAACUCAAACGUCACCUCGACUAUUCGAUUAGCAAUUAUCUAGACUACGGUUUCAUCUACGGUUUCACACUUAAGUUGGUUGUACAAAAAGAAGUAUAUAUAAUACAGUACAAACAGACAAUAAUUCUUAGGAAAUGUCCGAACAACAAAGGGAGAAUCAUAUGGUACGACAACUGUUUUCUCUACAUUUCUACGAUCUAUACCUAUCAGAAGAUCGACUACAAGCACUAUUUGUAUCUGCACAAUGCUAAAGAUGUGACCGGCGGCAAUACAAAGUUGUUCAACAAGAACACGAGGGAUCUCCUAUAUAAGCUGAAGGAGAUAGCAAUUCGUAAAGAACAAAAGCCCUACACAAGAGACUACAUGUAUGCGACCGCCGAGGAAAGUCUUGGGACGAUGAAAUUGUAUGGAAUGAUGCAGUGUACACAAGACUUAUCGGUUAAAAACUGCAGUGUGUGUUUGGAUACGAUUAUAGCGAAGCUUCCCAAAUGCUGCAACGGUAAACAAGGAGGAAGAGUUUUGAAUCCGAGUUGUACUUUUAGGUACGAGCUUUACCCUUUUGUAAAAACAUAA